AUGCAACGUCCACGAGUGUUGGUAACGCAUCAUCAGGUGCAACCGGUAGCAUUGGAAUUACUGCGCCUGGACUGUGACGUGGUCGUACCAACAGAGGACUUUCCAACCCGUGCUCAGAUACUCAAACUCUGUCCGGGCGUUGAUGGACUGCUGUGGACCAACUACAAGAUGAAGCUCGAUCGCGAAGUGUUGGAUGCAUGCGGACCACAGAUAAGGGCCAUUUCUUUAACGAUGAACGGUGUCGAUUGUGUGGAUACUGAAGAGCUGAAGCGAAGAAACAUUCCGCUAGGACACACACCGCACAUACCGAAUGAAGCAGUUGCGGAUUUGGCGAUCGGUCUUAUGAUUAUCACAAACGAAGGGUUAUUUCAAUCUGGCAACAUUAUACGCAUCGCUCGUCGAUCCAUCCAAGGCAGCACGGUGGGUAUUGUUGGAUUCGGUGGUAUUGGACAAGUUAUUGCGAAACGUUUACAAGGGUUCGAUAUCGGCGCAAUCUUAUACUGUGGUCGCAAUCCAAAAAAGAGUGCAGAAACCUUAAACGCACAACAUGUAUCGUUCGAUGAAAUUCUCGCACAAUCGGAUAUCGUUUUUAUCAGCUGUCCCUUAAAUAACGAGACGUGCCGUUUGUUUGAUCGGAGAGCAUUUUCAGCGAUGAAAUCGACCGCCAUUUUAAUCAACAUUGCACGGGGCGCGAUAGUAGAUGAGACCGCAUUGAUCGAAGCAUUAAAAGGUAGUCAAAUACGUGCAGCUGGACUGGACACGGUAACUACGGAACCAUUUCUCGCCGAUAGUGAACUUUUCCAGUUACCCAAUUGUGUAAUUGUACCACAUUUAGGAACGGCCACCGAAACAACGCGGGACAAAAUGGCGGUACGUGCAGUGGAAAACUUAAUGCACGGAUUACGGAAUGAAACUAUGCCAUCACAGUUUUGA